AUUAUGGGGACUACGUGCAUUUUCAUUUGCAGGUGCUGCAAGAUGGAAACUAACGCAGCAAACGGAUGGUCAGAAUGGUCCUAUGGGGUUGGUAAACUCGGUGUUAUCCUACUGUCAAAGAUACAGGCUGAAAAGAUAUCACUAGAUGAAUCGAAACAGGAUAUACUUGUCAAUGCGUGUUGCCCAGGCUUUGUACAAACCGACAUGACCGCUGACUUACCGGACAACCAAUAUGGAGGCAACAAGGUUACGACCGUAGAGGGCGCAGAUACUCCAGUUUUAUUAGCACUUCUUCCACCAGGCGUGAAAGAGCCAAACGGACAGUUCUUAUUGAAAAGAAAGAUAUAUGACUUUAUCAACACUGACGUCUCCAUCCAAAUAUGACAUCCAGUAGAGCUGAAUUUGUCAACUGAAAUGGACCCAAAGGAUGAAUAUUUACGCAUGAUUAUGAUGAAAAUAUCCUGUGCUGUUCGGACUAAUGUACUUUCGUGCCGCAAGUAAACUGUAAUCUUAACCUCAAACUGUCUACAAACAGUCUGAACCGUGGACAUAAUUUAGCUUUGUGAUACCAUGAGAGCAAUCAGACAAUUUAAUAAAAGGAUUGCAAUCCCAUAAGUCGAAUUGACAGCUAACGGUCGUUAUUUUCCCUCAAAAAGACAUUUUCAAGCCCUUUCGUUUUGGUUAAAUUCCAACGGCAUUUAAAAGAUAAUACUAAUUUAGAACUUCCCUA